UGGACUGCCUCUCGAUAUCGUGAGCCUUUUGUUGUCUCCCGACCUUUGAACUCCCUCAACCACAUACGCUACGUUCAUUUCACGGCAUCCCAUGGCGACCACUCUGAGACAUGAAUUCUACGAGACCGACGAGCGUUUGACGCUGUCCAUCUUCGAUCGAGGAGCCGAUCCCGCUGCGGUCAGCGUGCAAUUCGAGCCUCGGAAGAUUACAUACACGAACGGCGACAAGUCACUAGUCCUGGAGCCACUCAAGGGCCAGAUACAAGCAGACGCAUGUGAAUUUACAGUGGGCAAGGUCAAAGCUGAAAUCCGUUUGGCCAAGGCGGCAAUCGGGCGCUGGGGGGCUUUGACCGGGGACAGCCCUGAUCUUCUCAGCUCAUUCCCCACUGAUUCUCGACCCAUCACCACGACUUCCGUGAAGCCACGCAAGAACUGGGACGGCAUUACUACUGACAUCCUUUCUGCAGAGAAGGAAAAGUCAACUGAGGAGGAUGCCAAUGUUGGGGGAGAUGCCGCCCUCAACGGCUUCUUCCAGAAGAUCUUCGCCGAUUCCGAUGAGGACACUAGACGUGCGAUGAUGAAAAGCUAUUCGGAGAGCGGCGGUACCACUCUCAGCACCAACUGGGAUGAGGUGAAGAAAGGUCCUGUGGAAGUGAAACCGCCUGCUGGUAGCGAAUGGAAAAAAUGGAAUUAGUUGACCGCUAAUGAAUGCCUGCUUACUCUUCUCGCUAUCGAUCUACUUGCUCACCUGUGUAACACCCAUCAAUUGACUGCUAAUCCUGGUUUCGGCAUGUCGCGUCUUACGAUCAUCGUCGCAGCCACUGUAACCAAUGGCAUUGGAAAGCAAGGCGGCCUGCCCUGGAAAUUGCCCAAGGAAAUGGCAUAUUUCGCGCGUGCCACAACCCAUGUUCCAUCGUCCAGUCCGACUUCGAAUCCCAACGCAGUCAUCAUGGGCCGAAACACCUGGGAAAGCAUACCUCCCAAGUUCCGACCCCUCAAGAAUCGCACGAAUGUUGUCGUCACUCGGCAGAGUCAUUAUGAUGCAAAAAAUGCUCAAGUUGUAGGCAGUCUGGAGGAAGCCAUUCAGAAGGUUCAAGAGGCCACGACCCGCGCAUUUCUAAUUGGCGGAGCGUCUCUGUACGAAGAGGCAUUGGGACUGCCGCGGUCUUCGCACAUCGGCUUCGUAGACCGGGUCCUGCUUACCCGUGUUCUACGUCCAGAUUUCCCCGACUGCGACGUAUAUAUGCCCGAUUUCUUGGCCGCAGAAGGCGAUGGAUGGACUCGUGAAACACAUCAGGCAUUGGAAGAAUGGCUGGGCUUUGCAGUCUCCGAAGGUGUCCAGGAGGAAGACGGAGUCGACUACGAAUUCCAAAUGUGGACACGAGCUCAAGCCAAAUGACACGAGACAACGACUUGAAAUUAUGAUAGAUACACAGACGGUAAGCGAAGAGUUCGACUCUUGGGAUUAGCCUUGGCGCUUGUGGUCGAUGAGCAUAGGGUGAGCGACGAAAGGCAAGAAGGCAACGGACCUGCUUGUGCUUGGGGUUUUUCGCACAAAUGACAUAUAAACGACCCUUCCUCCGAACCAUGCUACAUCCAUCGCACAUAGGUUUGAUGGAAGCACGGACUUUCAUUCCUCGAACCAACUCCACGCUUCGAGUCACCAGUGGCAUGGCACGAGCAUAGGGAAGUGGUGAGAGCAAGCGAAAACGCGUGAUGAGUGGACGGGCGGUGGAUACCAAUGCCCGGAACAUUUCGAGAUUGAGCUCCUGCAGUUGAAUCAGAUCAAGACCGCAGUUUCAACGACACAUUAGCGCACUGUUAGUUGACGGACGAGGGAGGGAUGUGGAUCACAAAAUUACUGACUGGCACUGCCACUAGGCUGGCUCUGCACUACGUUGACCCAUGGAUCGCCGCACUAUCUCGCUUCACGUCGGUGCGCGCUGGUCCUUUGCCCUCUUCGCCUGUACGCUUGUCGCCUUCGUCGUGGAAAGUGAAUUGACUCAGUAUCUCCAAACGAAUUUAGGAUAUAGACAACCUUUCUUCAUAUUUUACCUCGUGCAUUCGACAUUUGCCAUCAUCUUUCCGCUGCACCUGCUGUACCUCAGCUUGACCACGAAACACUCCGCCGCUGAGUACAUCAAUGGCCUCUCCGUGGCCAUUACGAAUCAUCUUCGUCCUUCGCGAGUCUCCACGACAGAUCGGUUUCCGACGGCAACUUUCCUGCGUCUGAUAUUCGGGCUGACGGUCGGAAUCACGAUGCCUGGGUUGCUGUGGUUUCAAGCCAUCUCUCUCGCAAGCGUCAGCGAUGUCACUGCGAUCUGGAAUGCCAACGCGUUUUUCGCGUAUCUGAUGACCUUCAACCUCAAAUGGGAGCCGCGAAGGCUUCUGGCCGUCAUUCUUGCUACUCUCGGCGUGCUUGUCGUUGUUUACGGAGGAAGUAGAGCUUCCAAUGCGGACUCGAUCUCUCGAUCUUCGUUCAAACCAAGCGCCCCGUUGGUCGGCGAUCUCCUGACGCUCAUCGCGUCGAUUGGUUACGCGUUGUACCAAGUUCUGUACAAGAGAUAUGCAGCACUGCCGACAGACCCCGAAUUGCUGGCCGAAUCGGCAUAUGAGCAUCUUCCUUCGGAAGAUCCAAUCGGCGACAAUCCCCACCCUCAGAUUCUGAUGUUGUUUCCCCACCUUUCGGGCUGCAUCCGAAUCUGCUCACUUCCGCAAUCGGGUUGUGCACCCUCGUGUUACUGGCAGGUUGCUUUCCCAUUUUGCACCAUCUUGAGGUUGAACGCUUUGUUCUUCCUCCGAACCUUGCGGUGACGCUGACCAUCGGAGGCAUCGCGCUGAGCGGUGUGGUGUUCAAUGCGGGCUUCAUGGUGCUCCUCGGUACUUGGGGCCCCAUCAUCACAUCUGUCGGAAACUUGUUGACAAUCGUGCUUGUUUUCAUUUCUGACAUUCUUUUUGGAGCGGGAAUGGAGGCCGUCACUCUCGGCGGUGUUGUUGGAUGUAGUGUGAUAGUGGCCGCGUUUGGCGUGUUAGUGUUUGACAUGAUAGAUCGCCCAUGAAUAGAGCUUGUCAAAUCUCCGAGACGGAUGCAGCGGAUACCCUUAACGCUAAACAAUAUACAAAGUCUGUGCCAAAAAAGUAAAUAGAAAGGAAUGGGAAUGAGCAAGGACUGCUCCGUGUGCUGGGACACUGGUGUGAGAGUACCAGUAGAUUUCUCCCACCUCCGACGACUGUGAAAUCAUGCGGAACUUCGCAUCUUGGCCACAGAUCGAUGCCCGACAAUGUUGAUUAUACUCGUAUAACAUAAUCUCUGCUUUGUCGUGGUUGGUAUCAAGCGGCAGUGGCCAUGAGACUACUUUCAUCAGCGGAAAGGCAUUGCCUCAUCACGAAAU